AUGCUCGCGGCAUCGCUGAACGUCCUCGCCGAGGAGGGCGUGCUCUUUGAGGGCGUCCAGCAGGAGGACCCGGCGGCGCGAGUUGACUCUGUUGCAGCCUCAAAGCCACGAGUUCUAACGCAGAAGGGCGUGCUGUAUCAUGAAGAGCAGCAGGAGGACGCCGUUGAAUCUGUUGACUCCGUUGACUUGGAGGACCUGGCGCGAGUGCUCUUGAAGACGUUGCAGAAGUACGACCCGAACAUGCGGUGCUUGAAGCGGCGCAGUCACAAGUGCAUCAAGUGGGAGAAGGUGAAUGAUGGCACCGGCAAGCAGAUUGACAUGAGCAAGAAGACCGGCGAAGCGACCAAGGCGACUACCAAGACCAAGAAGACAGACACGACCCAGAAGGUCGGGGAUCCGAAAACGUCUGCCAAAGUCGCUUCUGAGAAGCCCAAGGGCGCUGAGAGUGGCACUCCGGCGGGUGAAAAGAAACCCGAGAAGGCACGUGCUGCCCCGAAGGAGCAGGCGCGAGUGCUCUUGAAGAGGUGGCAGAUUGAGCGAGAGCAGAACCUGAAGGGCUUGUGGUGCGUGAAGCGGCGGGGAUACACGUGCAUCAAGUGGGAGAAGGUGAAGGAUGACGCGGGCAAGGAGAUCGACAUGAGCAAGAAGACCGGCGAAGCGACCAAGACGACCAGCGAAGCGACCGAGAAGACCGGCAAAGCGAGCAAGAAGACCGACACAACUCAGAAGGCUGGGGAUAUGAAAACGUCUGCCAAAGCCGCAUCUGAGAAGCCCAAGGGUGCUGCGAGUGGCGCGCCGGCGGGUGAAAAGAAACCCAAGAAGGCAGCAGCGGGGGCAGACGGCAACUCGGGAGCAGCCCCCACGCCACGGGACUUGACUCAGCAGGGCCUGCGCUUUGAGACGCAGCCGGAGGGCGCCGUUGACUCGGUUGACUCCGUUGACUCCAUGGCAUAA